UUCCGAGUGCGGAUCCAUUUGCCUCCCUUGGCCCCAGUCGGCCACGCCCGAUGGCUAUGGAUCCGCCGCCGGCGAAAAAGAGGCGCCCCAUGGUGCCACUCUUCGGGGCGCCCGGGGCGGAGCCUUCCAAUGGACAGGCCUCUAAUGGCUCCAAAGAUGCAGUUGGUGAGGCGCAGUCUGACAAGGCAGUUGAAGCUGAGCCCGCAAAGGUUGAGGCUCCAGCAGAAGCUCCCAAGGCAUCCACGCCAGAGGAGAAGAGCGCACCGCCGGAGAAGCCCGCCUUGCCAAAGGAGGAGCCAGUGCUUUUGGCCAGUGCCAAGGCCCAGGAGCCCAGCACGGCGGAUGCCAAGGUGGCCAAGGAGGCAGCCAACGGCUCCUUUCCGCCGAAGGUCCGCGAGAAGAAAGCCUCCAGGAGCGUGGAGCAGCUCCCACCCGCCUCAGUCUAUGGCUUUGACGGCGGCCUAAAGGAGGAGAGCCGGGGCAAGGCCAUUGCCUUGCGCCUGGAGCCAUUGAAGGAGGGUCUGCCGGAGUACGAGAAGGUCCUGGGGGAACAAAAGCAGGCCGUGUCCAUCGGAACCAAUCGCGGGAAGGUGGACGUUGCGGUUCGAGACGAGGCGGUCAGCAAGAAGCACCUCUCGCUGUCGCUGGUAGGCAUCAAAGGUGAGCUGGCCUUGUGCGUGCUGGAUCACUCCACCAACGGCAGCUUCUUGAACGGGAACAGGCUCCCGGACAAGAACAAGCGCUACCGGAUCCGCAGCGGUGACAAGCUCACGCUGAAGUCCCCGGACAUCGAGCCAGACUAUGGCUGGAAGGUGGACUUUGGCAACACGGUGGCCUACUUCAGCCGUGCCUGAGACCAGCCUGAGCUGCGCGAUUCGCGGGUCUCAGGGAUAGCACGCGCGGAAUCCUAAACUUCAAACCUCCAAC